AUGAACAUAGAUCUGGAUUGGGAAAUAGUGAGAAACGCUGUUAACAAAGCAGCGGCCACUAGUAUUGGUGAGCUAAAAAGGUCAAGAAAUACUUGGUAUAAUGAUAUUUGUAGAGUUGCUGUAGACAGACGCAGAAAAUCGAGAAAUGAAUUUAUUAAAAACAACACUCAAAUGACUAAAGAUAGUUUCAUACGGGAACGUAAAGCCUGCAAAAGCACCCUUCAAAGGGAAAAAAGGAAAUUUUUUAGCAACAUACUUCAAACAGCAGAGAACGACCAUACACAAGGGAGAACUAGAAACUUUUUUAGAGUCAUUAAACAGUAUGGUUGCGAAGCGUGGACAACGACCAAACAAACAGAAAGAAACCUGAGGACUUUUGAGCACAGAGUGUGGAGGAAAAUAUGCGAACCGGUCAUCGAUGAAACAACGGGAAGUCGGCGGAGAAGGUACAACAGUGAACUAUAUGACAUGUUGGAAAUAGCACCGGUAACAAGUUUUAUUAAGGGCCAAAGAAUACAAUGGUUAGGACACAUAGCGAGAAGAAGAGAGAACGAGAUAACCAGGGUAGCAUUGGAAUGGAAACCACAAGAGAAAUGA